CUGUGGUCUUUAUUAUUCAGGAAAUCUCAAUGUACGUUGUGACUCUGGGUUGUAACAUUAUCAGUUUUAUAACACAAGUUUAGUCGAUUUUAGACUUUCAUUAAAUUAUGGUGAGACAAAAGUGUUUUUUGUGUAAGGUUGAGGCUGGGAAAACAGGCAGUGAAGGGAUAUAUUUUCACAGACUAUCCGCAAAUGAAAAGCAGAGAGAGAAAUGGAAAUCUUUCUUGGAACUUACCGAGCUAGAACCUCAAUCCCACAAAGUGGUUAUAAUAUGCUCAAAGCAUUUUUUCCACAAGGAAGAACUUGGCUAAAACCUGGUGCUGUUCCAAAACCCAUAUGGCCAGUUGUUUCCUCUCAAUGUACAUCAUCGUCAAGUGUUGAUAUUUGCCCAAAAGAAGUUUCUGUGAUGCCAAAAUGUAUUGCAAGCUUCCUAGAUGUGACUGGCAGCUCCAUAAGAAGCUCUUCAUCCAGAAUUAAGACUGAUGAAAGGAUACAGCUGAAACAUGAAACGUUUGUUCAACCUGGACCUUCUAAGCCAUUUAGUGGAAGAUUCACCAUCAUCAAGUUCUUCUAAAACUUGGAGUGCCUCACCUGCAUCUGUGACAGCCUCAUAAAAGGGUUAUUAAUCAGAUGUGUUCACUGAAUCUGUUCAAGCAAAAAAGAAAAGAAAGAGGAAGAGGUAUGUGGGAGACUUGACCAGUAGCGACUUUUCAACAGCUGAGAAGUGAAAACGGAAUUUUCGUCUCAUGAAAGACACUAUUUUGAGACAGAGGAAGUUACUGCAAAACAAACAACGUUUGAUCCGAUAUUUCAAAAAUAGAAUUCAAACACAGAAGCAAUUCCUUGAUAUGCUAAAUCAAAGGUUUAAUAUGAAUGCUUCAACUGAAAGUGAACUCAAGGCGUGUCUGUCGGGUCCAGCCUCUCAAAUAUUUGAAAGGAUGCUAAAAGGUCCAUCAAUACAAAAAUACGAUCCUGUUUUAAGAAGCUUUGCAGUGACCCUUGCGUUUUACUCACCUAAGGCGUAUACUUUUGUUAGAAGGACAUUUAAUAAAUCUUUACCUGAUUUAAGUACAAUCAGUAAGUGGUAUAAAUCAGUUAAUGGUUCCCCUGGGUUCACACAGGAAGCCUUGGAAACUCUAAAGAUUUUAAAGCGACAAGCAGAUGCAAAGGGUUCACAUGUUCUGUGCAAUUUGGUUUUAGAUGAAAUGUCUAUACGACAUCAAACUGAGUGGGAACCAAAUUCACUGGGUAUGUUGAUAUUGGGGCAAAUAUUGAUUCAGAUAUGCUUCCUGAAGCAAGGAUGUACAUAUAUUUAUGUUGGUAUGUCUUAA